AUGGAAGUAAAGGAAACUGUAACUGGCGAAUCAACCGUAACGGCUGAUGGUAUUGUCCUAGCUCUGGUUGAACAACUUGAAUUAUUAACAUUAUCUCAACCUCUUAGUGAAAUACUUUCAGGCAAAACAAUCGAUAGAAACAUCGAAGUUGAGGCUAGGAUUGGGAUAUUGAAGGAAAGGGAUGAUAAGCGGUUCAUGUUGCCAACAGAUGGAGACGCGAUUUUAGCCAAAAGGGCCCAAGUUUCUUUCACCCCUGGAGUAUCAACUACCCAACUGAAAUUACUCUCUGAUAUGUUGAAAUCAGAUAAACAAUGGGCUUUUAAGGGCGUUACCCAAACUAUUGAUAGGUACUUUAAACUUGCCCACUAUGAAGACCAAGUUAGGUGGUCAAAAUCACCAAACCUAGAGACUUUAGAUUGCAUAACCAAAUCUAAACUUGUGACGAUGGAUGUCACAACGGGGAAGGUUUUUUAUCAGGAAAUAUAUGAUAAUGUAGGCGAUAUGAACGAUUACUUGUUGUUGGACUAUAGAAUUGCAAUAAAUCUGGAAACUACAGUUAAAACUAGUGAAUUGCCAAAUGAAAAUAUGGCUGUUUACCAACGCUAUCGUACCAGGGAGUCGUUUUACCAUAAUAAAACUAAGAUUACAAUUGAUCUCACUAAAGUAACAUCAAAAGCGAUCAACAAAAGCGUCUCAAAUAUCACAGACAACUGCGAAGUAGAAGUUGAGCUUAAUUCAAAAAAAUUGUUAAAUUUGCUAAAAGCUGAUAGUGCUGAACAUGUGGUGGCUAAAAGGCGUAAACUGAUCCAAUACUGCGCGACACUGAUUAAUACAGCUAGAUCAUUGUGUACAUUGCUUAGUCUGGACACAAACGUUUGUCUCAACAAGAAGAAAUUGAAGAUUAAGCUUUGUGAUCUAAGGGUAGGCAGACAUGAUAGUGAGGUGGAGAGGUACAAGAAAUUUGUCAACCAGCAGGAACCACUGAUUGGGGAUUACCUUUAUCGUGCUCUAGCUAGUCCAGACGCUGAUCAAAUAAUACCAAAUACUUCUUUUUAUGAUGACCCUAAACAAGAGAUAGAUGGGCCAUUCUAUGCUAAAAUAGACGAUGCAGGCAAAAAAAUCGUUGCAUCCGGGUGA